AUGGGCAACGAUAAGAAGAUCGGUGCCUACUAUGCACCAACCGGUGGCCUGCCACCGCAGACCCAGCUCCUGACCGACCGUGCCAUGUUCACCGAAGCCUACACCGUCAUCCCCAAAGGCACAUUCAGCGACAUCGUAACAAGCUUCCUCCCCUUCUGGGACAAGACCCGGUUAUGGGUAAUCGCCCGCCCACUCUCCGGCUUCGCCGAAACCUUCUCGCAAUACAUUAUGGAAGUCCAACCCGGCGGCGGCAGUGACCGAGCCGAGCUCGACGACAGCGCCCAAGGCGUGCUCUUCGUCGUCGAAGGCCAAAUCACCGUCACGCUCGACGGCGAAACGCACAACCUCACCGAAGGCGGAUACGCAUACCUGCCGCCCAAGAGCGGCUGGACGCUCCGCAACGAGGGCGUCGAGACCGCGCGCUUCCAUUGGGUCCGCAAGGCCUACGAGGCCGUUGACGGUCUGGAGUACCCGACCCCGCUGUUCCUGAACGAGAAGGAGAUCGCGCCGACAGUGAUGCCCGAUACUAAUGGGGCGUGGGCGACGACUCGCUUUGUGGAUCCGUUGGACUUGCGCCAUGAUAUGCAUGUCACUAUCGUGACGUUCGAGCCCGGUGGUGUCAUUCCUUUUGCUGAGACGCAUGUUAUGGAGCAUGGUCUUUACGUGCUGGAGGGUAAGGCCGUUUACCGUCUCAAUCAGGAUUGGGUCGAGGUUGAGGCCGGUGAUUUCAUGUGGCUGCGUGCUUUCUGUCCGCAGGCUUGCUAUGCUGGUGGUCCUGGGAAGUUCCGUUAUUUGCUUUAUAAGGAUGUGAACCGUCACAUGAAGCUGUCACGGCCGUGA